AUGUCGUCAGAAGCCCAAACUGAGGCUGUAGAUGUGCAGUCGAUGAUUCCCAGCCUAGAGAACGCUCCUUAUCCCGCUUCCACGAAACAAGCUGCGGGCGUUGUUGGUGGGCAGCCUACCGAUGUCAUGGUGGUCUCGUUCCAAGACCGGAUACUCGUGACCAUCACACAGAACGGACGAUUAGCACAAUGGGUACGCAAUACUCUCAUGAAUGAUAAAGCUAUUUUCUUGCUUGUUCUAACGGUCGUCGCGCAGCUUCAUGUGCCAAUGGAAAGCCCAGAUCCAGCAGCUGACUUCCAAACUCUGACCAGCAACCAGGAAGAUGCCCUUCUUCCCCGCCCGGAAUUUAAUGCUACUCCUUUACUUGGUGGACGAUCCGGUGAUUGGGAGGUUGUUGGCCAGCUUUAUGCUUGCCAAAUCGCGACAGCAAUAGCUGCAAAAUCCCCUGAAGAGAAGAGGUUAUUGGUUGUGGGACUUGGUCUAGAAACGCCUGACAUUGAUCGGGAUAUAUAUCUAGGUAUCGUUGAUCUUGUUCUGCAGUGCCUAUGA